AUGAGUAUACCAGUAACAAGUACUCAAGAAUAUAAGCAGUUAACUAAAGUUUUAGAAAUAUUGGAAUUACAAAGGGAACAGGUUUUAAAAGAUAGAGAAUUUAUAGAAAAUGCAUAUAAGGAAGCAAUUGGAAAUCCUGUUGAAUAUAUAGAGUCACUGGUAUCUGGGGCAAUUAGAUUACCACCCAAAAUUAAUAUCAUAAAUAUACCAGAUUUAACUGGUAUUUUAUUACCCACAUAUAAUAAUAAAAAUAAUAAUGUUAGUACUAAUAGUAGCAGUGGCAGCAUCGGUAUUAAUAGUAAUCAAAGACUUGUAAAUAAUAAUAGUAUCAAUAAAGAAAAUGAAAAAGAAGUUAGAAAUGAAAUUGUUGUAUAUAAAAAAAGAAUGAACAAUCAUGAUGAAAGUGAUAGUAAUUUUAAAGAAGGUGAAAAUGAGGUUAUUAGAAAACCACCAAGGCCCUAUCCAAGGGCACUCAGUAAAACAAAUUUAGCAUACUGGACCGAGGAAGAGCAUAAUAGAUUGGAGGAGUUAUUGGUCGAAUUCCCAGAAGAGGAGGUCGCAACACAUAGAUGGGUUAAAAUAGCAAAUAAACUAGGUAAUAGAACUCCAGCACAGGUUGCAAGUCGUACACAAAAAUACUUUAAAAAAUUAGAAAGAUUAGGAUUGGAGAUUCCUGGUUCAAGACCAAAGAAAAAGCGUAGUGGAAGUAUUAGUAGUGGUGGUUUUGAACCACAGUCAUCUGAAGAUGAAAGGAGAUUAGAAAUAAAGCAAAGUUCAAAUAGUAGUAAUUCAAAUUCAGCAGCAAAUAAUAAAAAUUCAUCAUCAAAUAGUACAGCCAAAGUUCAUGAAGGAUAUAAAUGCGACGGCUGUGAUAUCGAGCCCAUUGUUGGCGUUAGAUGGCAUUGCGAAGAGUGCAUGAAUGAGGUAGAUUUAUGUUCUAAAUGCCACGAUGAAUUGGAUGAGAUCGGAAAACAUCUAUCAUCACAUCACAUGACUGCUUUUGAAAAUCCAGAUUCAUAUUUCUUGGAUGAUGACUACAAAUAUACAUAUCCAACUGGCGAGUCAAAUUAUUUAGAUCCAAAUUAUAGAUAG